AUGACCGUCUCCCCAGACACCUCGUACACAGUCCCCCUCCUCAUCAACGGCAAGGAAGUCACCACUACCACAACCUUCACCGUCACCUCCCCCGCCUCCCACAAAGACCUAUGGCAGUCCUCCUCCGCCUCCCUCGAGCACGUCUCGUCAGCCGCCGAAGCAGCACAAGCCGCCCUGCCGGGAUGGGCCAAACUAAAACCCAGUGGCCGACGCGCCAUCUUCAUGAAAGCCGCCGACAUCCUCGAGGCGCGUGCCAGUGAGUUGGCGCAGUACAUGGAGAUGGAGACUGGUGCGCCAAGCGCGUUUAGCAGCGGUUUCAACGUGCCCAAGACGGCGGAUAUGCUGCGCGAUGUAGCUGGACGGGUGGGCGGGAUCAUGGGGCAUAUCCCUACGUGUGAGGAGGAGGGGACUGGGGCGUUGAUUGUGAAGGAGCCGUUUGGCGUUGUGCUUGCUAUUGCGCCGUGGAACGCGCCCUACAUCCUCGGCCUCCGCUCCGUCCUCUACCCCCUCGCCGGCGGAAACACCACCAUCUUCAAAGGCUCAGAGUUCUGCCCACGCACAUGGUGGGCACUCGGCAGCGUGCUGACCGAAGCCGGGCUGCCAGCAGGCGUACUAAACGUCCUCGUCCACCGUCCCGAAGACGCAGCAAAAGUCACAACCGCACUAAUCGAGCACCCCGCCAUCAAGAAGAUAAACUUCACAGGCUCCACAGCAGUAGGCCGCAUCAUCGCGUCGCAAGCAGGCAAGAACCUCAAGCCCGUGCUGAUGGAGCUAGGCGGCAAAGCCAGCGCCAUCGUGCUCGACGACGCCGACCUAAAGAACGCAGCAACCCAGUGCGCGCUCGGCGCGUUCCUCAACAGCGGCCAGAUCUGCAUGAGUUCGGAGCGUAUCCUCGUGCACAAGGCCAUCAAGCCGCAGUUCAUCGACGCGCUAAAAGGCGCCGUGGAGGCUAUUUUCGGCGGCGACAAACCACCCCUCGUCACCGUUACCAGCGCUGCUAUCACGAAGAACAAGAAGCUCGUUGCUAACGCGCUGGAGAACGGCGCGAAGCUCAUUCAUGGCGAUCAUGAGAAGGAGGAGCUGCACCCUGAUACGAAGGAGGUGAGCGGCACGCGCAUGCGGCCCGUCAUCGUCGACGGCGUCAAGAAGGGCAUGGAUCUUUUCUACACCGAGUCCUUCGGCCCGUCUGUGUCCGUCAUUGAAAUCGCGUCCGAUGACGAGGCGGUGGAGAUUGCGAACGACACCGAGUAUGGCCUCAGCGGGGCUGUGUUUACGGAGAAUCUCGCGAGGGGGCUGAGAAUCGCAAAGCAGAUUGAGACUGGAGCCGUCCAUAUCAACAGCAUGUCGGUGCACGACGAAGCCAGCCUGCCCCACGGCGGCGCCAAAGCAAGUGGAUUUGGGCGCUUCAAUGCGGAUUGGGGGAUUGAGGAGUUCCUGCGCACAAAGACUAUCACGUAUAGAUUGUAG